GGCGCCCGCCUCCCUCCUUGGCGGACUGUCUCCCCACAAGCCGGCUGAGAGCCUUUUUUGACUGCGAGCGGCGGCAGCGGGGCAGAGGCAGCGGCACGGGACCUGCAGUCGCCCGGGAUUCCCUCCAGGUGACGAUGCUCUGGUUCUCCGGCGUCAGGGCUCUGGCUGAGCGUCCUUGCCGGCGCUCGCCCGGGAUUACCUGCUGCGUCUUGCUGCUGCUCAAUUGCUCGGGGGUCCCUAUGUCUCUGGCUUCCUCCUUCUUGACAGGUUCUGUUGCAAAAUGUGAAAAUGAAGGUGAAGUCCUCCAGAUUCCGUUUAUCACGGACAACCCUUGCAUAAUGUGUGUCUGCUCGAACAAGGAAGUGACGUGUAAAAGAGAGAAGUGCCCCGUGCUGUCGAGAGACUGUGCCCUGGCGGUCAAGCAGCGGGGAGCCUGCUGUGAACGGUGCAAAGGUUGCACCUAUGAAGGAGAUACUUAUAACAGUUCCUUCAAAUGGCAGAGUCCAGCUGACCCCUGUGUCCUGCGCCAGUGCCAGGAGGGCGUCAUCACGGAAUCCGAGGUGCGCUGUGUUGUUCACUGUGAAAACCCUUUGAAGCACCCGGGAUCCUGCUGCCCCACAUGUCCAGGCUGCGAGUUUGAAGGUGUGCAGUACCGAGAAGGAGAGGAAUUCCAGCCGGAAGGAAGCAAGUGCAUCACGUGCUCCUGUGCGGGAGGCAGGACACAGUGUGUGAGAGAAGUCUGUCCCAUUCUCUCCUGUCCCAAGCACCUUAGUCACAUACCCCCAGGACAGUGCUGCCCCAAAUGUUUGGGUCAGAGGAAAGUGUUUGACCUUCCUUUUGGGAGCUGCCUCUUUCGGAGUGACGUUUAUGACAAUGGAUCUUCAUUUCUCUAUGAUAACUGCACAGCGUGUUCCUGCAGGGACUCUACUGUGGUAUGUAAGAAGAAGUGCUCCCAUCCUGGUAGCUGUGACAGAGGUGAGGAGGGCUGUUGUGAAGAGUGCAUUCUACAAGUGCCCCUGGAAGACGUCAAAGUGUGCAAGUUUGGCAACAAGAUUUUCCGGGAUGGAGAGAUGUGGUCAUCUGUCAAUUGUACCAUCUGUGCCUGUGUGAAAGGCAAGACAGAGUGUCGCAAGAAGCAAUGCCUUCCCAUCAGCAGCUGCCCUCAGGGUAAAAUUCUCAACAGAAAAGGAUGCUGUCCUAUUUGCACCGAAAAGCCUGGCGUUUGCACGGUAUUCGGAGAUCCCCACUACAACACUUUUGACGGACGGACAUUUAACUUUCAGGGGACGUGUCAAUACGUUUUGACAAAAGACUGCUCCUCCCUUGCCUCACCCUUUCAGGUGCUGGUGAAGAACGAUGCCCGCCGGACCCGCUCCUUCUCCUGGACCAAGUCGGUGGAGCUGGUCCUGGGCGACAGCAGGGUCAGCCUGCAGCAGCACCUGGCCGUGCGCUGGAACGGCUCGCGCAUCGCGCUGCCCUGCCACGCGCCGCACUUCCACAUCGACCUGGACGGCUACCUCCUGAAAGUGACGACCAAAGCAGGUUUGGAAAUAUCCUGGGAUGGAGACAGUUUUGUAGAAGUCAUGGCUGCCCCCCACCUCAAGGGCAAGCUCUGUGGUCUUUGUGGCAAUUACAAUGGACAUAAACGUGAUGACUUAAUUGGUGGAGAUGGAAACUUCAAGUUUGACGUGGAUGACUUUGCUGAGUCUUGGAGGGUAGAGUCCAAUGAGUUCUGCAACAGACCCCAGAGAAAGCCAGUGCCUGAACUGUGUCAAGGGACAGUCAAGGUAAAGCUCCGAGCCCAUCGAGAAUGCCAGAAGCUCAAAUCCUGGGAGUUUCAGACCUGUCACUCUACUGUGGACUAUGCCACUUUCUACUGGUCCUGUGUGACAGACAUGUGUGAAUGCCCAGUCCAUAAAAACUGUUACUGCGAGUCAUUUCUGGCUUACACCCGGGCCUGCCAGAGAGAAGGCAUCAAGGUCCGCUGGGAGCCUCAGCAGAACUGUGCAGCCACCCAGUGUAAGCACGGUGCUGUCUAUGAUACCUGUGGCCCGGGAUGUGUCAAGACCUGUGACAACUGGAACGAGAUUGGCCCAUGCAGUAAGCCAUGCAUUGCAGGUUGCCACUGUCCUGCAAACUUGGUCCUUCACAAGGGAAGGUGCAUCAAGCCCGUCCUUUGUCCUCAGCGGUGACCUUUGCUCCGAUCCUUAAGACUUUGAAACCUGGUGUCCUUGACACUGAAGUGGAAGAGCCAAUGAAGGACUGCAGUAUUUGUGUGCCUGAUUCUGCAAAUACACACAACACACAGAGUAUAUAUGUGUAUAUAUAUAGAUAUAUAGAUAUAUUCAAAAACAUUUCAUCAUUUAUAUAAACUAUAGGUGGAUUGCUAUAUGUAUAUUUUUUGCUAUAAGACAUAUCUUAUUUCUGGGAUCCUAAUCUAUAAGCCAUUGGAAACAUUGUAUAAAUAUACUAGUGUUUUUAAUUUAAUAAGGUGGCAUGUAGACAUAUUGGAUGGCUUUAAUGUCAUAUGCAUUUGUCAUUUUAAGGAAGUUUUCUAAGAACCCUCAACUGCCUGCCUGCAUUACUUUUAGCUCUGACUUUGGAUUUGUAAUCAAAUGGGAAAUGUGUUCCUCUGGAGAAGGGCGUAUUUAUCUAGGAGCGUUUCAUAUUUCCAAAGAAAGGAAUGUUUACUUGAGAGAGAUGGCAGGAGAGGGGUGACCAACCCUUACGGUACGUGUAAAGCAAGGAAUAGGCCAUCAUAUAUAAUUGGAUAUAAUUCCAAAACUUAUGGGCUACUUGCCAAGAAAUAUGUAUUUGUCACUAGGUCAUUGCCAAAGAAACAAAUGAUCUCUUGCCAUCUUUGCAUAUUCCCUGAGUCUCCUAAUUAUGUAAGUGUGUAGGACGGAAGUGACUGUUUAUAUGUCAUGCAUCCAGAUUAAAGGGCGUCUGGAUGACACAUUAAUUUUAUUGGGCAUGAGAAGGUCCUUGGGGGAAACUGUUGCAUAACAUGUGAAGAAAUAUUCAUUUCUCUGAAUCUCAGAGCAAUUUAAGAUGAGCAAAUCCAAUGAGUUGAUGUAAGCCAUCCACAUUUUAUGGCUCUUCCAUGUAUAAAAUGAAAGCCUUUAAUUAUUUCUACAAGAUUCUUGUCCAGAGUGAUUUGGUGAAUGUCACAAUUAUUAGACAGAGAAAGGCCUUUACUGACCAGUUGAUGCAACAUCAGUCCAAUUGAAGAAUGGUCUAUAUACUUGCCCAAAUUUACAGAUAGGUUGCUACUAGUUACCAUGUAAUUUUCUCGACUCUUGUGUUCAGUUGAAUAGGUGAAAAUAUCAGCAAAACCAAACCCCACUAUGUCUAAAAGUAAAAUGUUCUGCAUUGUAGCAAAUAAAAGGCUUAAGAAUUAAAGCAAUGCAUUUUUUUCA